AUGAGGAAAUGGAAUCAUGCCAUCGUUGCACAUAUUCUGGUGGCCCUGUUUGGAAUGGGCUCAUGGAUCUCUGUGAACUCAUUAUGGGUUGAGUUGCCAGUUGUUGUAGGUGUUCUACCUGAAGAGUGGAACUUGCCAGCCUAUCUUUCAGUGCUGAUUGCAUUUGGGAAUUUGGGUCCAGUGGCUGUGACUUUAACCCACCACAUUGCUCCAGGGUGGCUGAAUGAACGCUUGGUCAUCCACAUCAUACAAGUGCUAGGGGUGGUUGCAGCUGCAUUUCUUGCUCUCUUUUGGUCCCAGGUAGUCAUAGUCGCUGGAGAGCCAAGAUCAGUCCCAUUCCUGCUGCUUACUUUUAUCCUGUCAUUUGUCUGCUGCACUUCCAACGUCACAUUCUUACCAUUCAUGUUCCGUUACCCCCCACAAUACAUCCGGACGUUCUUUGUUGGACAGGGUCUUUGCGCACUCUUUCCCUGUGUGGUUGCUUUGGGUCAGGGUGUAGGGAAACUGGAGUGCGUUGAGACACCCAACGGCACAGAGCCCCACUAUCUCAAAGAAAACUUCCCUGCCCAAAACUUCUUCUGGUUCUUGUCUGUGAUGCUGGCAAUUUCGGCCCUCAGUUUUUUUGCUCUGACAUACAGAGUGGUCAUCCCGACUGCAGCAGAGGAAAUUCCAAAGACUGAACAGGAAACAGUGAAAAUGGAGGAAGAGACACAUCCUUUACAAAAUGGAGGUUCCCCAGUUUCUGAGGAACAAGUUGAAGUUGAAAAACAGGCACCUGUUGUGGCCUUCUGGACGUCACGCAAUAUAUACCUGCUCAUGUUGCUGGGAAUAUCCAAUGCUUUGACCAAUGGUGUGCUGCCGUCCGUGCAGAGUUUCUCCUGUCUGCCUUAUGGCACCAUGACCUUUCACCUCUCUGUCGUCUUGGGCAACAUUGCAAACCCUCUGGCCUGCUUUGUGGCCAUGUUUGUCCUACUUAGGUCCAGCAUUGGUCUUGGAAUGAUGUCACUUGGAGGCUGUAUUUUUGCUGCCUAUCUCAUGGCCUUGGCUGCACUGAGUCCCUGUCCACCACUUUUAGGAAGUCAGUCUGGAGUUGCUGUAGUGGUUAAUCAUAUCCUGGAUCAUCUUCAUUGGCUUGUUCUCUUACCUGAAGGUUGUAGUUGGGACUCUGCUUCACGAAGCAGGUCAUGCAGCUUUGCUUUGGUGUGGGGUCUUCAUCCAGGCUGGCUCUCUCAUUGGAGCUCUCACGAUGUUCCCUUUAGUCAGUGUGUACCAGGUCUUCCAGCGAGCCCAGGACUGCACAGACAAUUGCAGUUAAAGGGUUACUCCACCGCAAAAUGAAAAUUUUGUCAUUAAUCGCUUACCCCAAUGUCGUUCCAAACCCGUAAAAGCUUCAUUCAUC